AUGCCGGAUUUAGAGGAUGCUGUAUGCGCUCCUAAACCGCAACCGGCACCCAACGACGACAUCACGUCGUCCGUAAUGUCAGAAGCUGAUCUAAUGGAGGGACUAGAAGAACAAAUGAUUGCCCUCCACGAUGCUGCGGAGGAGGAGGGCCUGCAGGUCGACCCUGUUCGGCGUCAGGCCCUCUUCUAUCCGAACAUGGCUGCCGCGACCGACGACAGCGAUGACGGGGGCGCGAUGGAGUUUGACGACGACCAUCGGCGCCCGGUCGCUGAGCGUCGGAAGCGGCAGCUAGCCUCGUCAUCAGACUCCGAGGCCACCCAGCCCGCUGAACGCGGCCUAUCCAAAAAGAAAAAGGCCAUUGUUGACGCGGAGGGCUUCCAGGUGCCGCGCAAAACGGCACCCCGUCGCCAAUUCACCACGUCACUGUCCGACGUGCCCGUCGGCAAUGACUUUGUGUCCGAGCCAGAUGCCAAGGCUAACGCCUUGGCGGAUGUCUUCGCGCACAACUUCACCCCGGUCAAUGACCCCGUUGACCCCGACCAUAUCCGCCUGGAGGACCACGAGUAUAUGACGACUACGCGCGACCAGGACGAUGAGAUGGACUACUCUACCGACCCUCCCCGUGAAGACUGCGCUGCCGGCGCCCCGCAGAGGGUGCUUCAGCGCAAGAGGUCGGCUGUCACGUCCGCCAGUGACGACCAACACACUUCUGGUACGAGUGACGCUGGAUUCAAGAAACCACCACCUAAGAAGAGGGCGGCUCCACGACAGCGCACGCCCGUUGUCCCUGUGCCUACUGCCAAUCAAUACGACGCCCUACAGGAUGGCGCCGACUCUGAAGAUCCCGACGAGCCUCCAUCGGCGGCCGCCGACGAUGCUACGCAUCGCUCCGGCCCUAAGCUCCGCCGCCAGCGUGGACUACCUCCCUUGCGGCCGACGUCCCGCUCCGAUGGCCAACAGCAGCGGCGCCGAGCUGCGCCACCGCCUGCUCCACCUGCUACUCCUCCGCGACAACCCGCCCAGCGGCGCCUGCUUGCUGCUCGGGCGGACCUUGGCUACGCCGACGUCCUCCAGGGCCGGACGACGCCUCCUCCUGCCCCUGCUGUCCAGCCUCUGCGACGCUCUGAAGACGGGCCUGCUCCACCUGCUGCAGCUGCUGAUUUCAUCGCGGUCUUGCAAGAAGUCCAGGCCACCCUCGUGGCUGUUUCUGCCGCUCUGGCCCAGCUGCCGACCGCCAUCACUGCUGCAGUCCAUGCAGCCCUCCGAAGUUUCCCCACUGCCACGGCGAUCGCAUCCGCUGGCCAUGGCUCACAACCUUAG